AUGAUAAAAUCCGAUGGUGCUUUCGAGACAUGGACCGAUAAGAUGGCAGAUGCGAAUGCUACCAGGAAGACCAUGUUUCGGGAGACGAAGUGCACGCCGUUCUGCGAGAAGGCCAAAGAGGGCCUCGAGAGAGGAAGCGAACGUUCCUAUCUGUACUUGAAGGCGCUGACCGUCGUGAAUUACGCGGAUAUAUGCUCCCUCUUUUUUGAGUGGGACCAACCGUUCAGGAGGGAGUUUUCUCCGCGACUAGAGGGGCUGGAUCUGAUCCUCGCCUCGGACGUGUGUUUCGAUCCCCUCGCGAACAACCUGCAAGAAGUGGGGAUCAAGGUGUCCAGGUUGGUCUUUGACGAAGCAGACACGAUCCGCUAUUGCGUUCGAAGCCUGGGGGACGCUCGGCAUACGUGGCUCGUAACGGCUUCCUGGACCGAGAACGACGACGGUACUUGGAAGGGGCUACGGUCGGGGCGUCUCGACAGGGUGCAGUGCGAAGCAAACUUCAUCGCUUCUAGCAUCACGUUGCCGAUGCCCGUGUACUCGACCAUCGUGUGUCGCAGCCUCCACACAGAUGCUGUACUGCGGUACGUACUGGACGGAGAGGCACUGGAGGCCGUGAACGCCCUGGACUACGCCAGGAUCGUCUCGCGGCACAACCCCCGCGCGGUCACCAGCGACGUGGAUGCUAUAGACGUCCUGUUGAAGGACGCCGUAGGUGAUACCGAGUCGCUGGAAGAACGCUUGAGGAGCUGUCUCGCGGCGCUGCAGCGGCAUGACAUUUCGCCUAGGGACGUCAGAGUGUACGAAGCAGAGCGGGAGAGUGUCACGAGCGCGCUCGAGACUGCUAGGAGGACGGCAGACAACAUCCGCGCUCGCCUUCGUGACGCCGAGAUGUGUUUGAUAUGCUACGAUGCAUUGGUCGACAUCGGGACGAAGCGUGCCGUAGACGAACGCGGUUUCGAAGCACUCGACUACAUGCUAGAUAGGGAGUAUGACGCGGAUGAAUCCCUGGAAGAAGCUAUGGGGACCGCAGCGAAGCAGACAUACGGAGAGCCCGUGGACGUCGGGAGUCUACCCAAGAGACUCGAGGCACUCGAAGAGCUAGAUUCUUGGCGGUCGAAGCAACCGGAAAGGCUCAAGAGAGUCAUCCUGUCGGGUGCUUCGCUGCUCGAAGGUGCAGUGAGACGUGCAGGUUGGACCAAGGCCGAUCGCGCGGCUGGGAAGGCCAUCGUGGACGCAUUCGGCAACCAAUCUUUCGUGGCUGCCCUGCGAGGCUUAGAGCUCGACAAGCGUUCUAAACGCCGGCACGAGGAGCUGCACGCUCCCGCUAGUGGAUUCGUACAGAUGACGACCCGUCUGAGGGGAAGGAACAUGGGUCAGUUCGCGGAUAACCGGAGAGCGACGGAGUGGUGGACUUCGUCGCACGCGCACGAGCAACUGCGAGAUGAACUCUACCGGAAGGAGUAUAAGCCCCCACGUUACGUCUCGAUGCUGCGGUACUUCCUCGCAGCGGGUCUGCGUGCGCCCAGACACCCGAGAGGAUUCACACGGCGGUACCUCUACCGCGGCACCGACCGAGUCAAUCUGAUGAUAGGUGCGUUGGAAACGACCAGAAAAUUCCACGAAAGGUCCUUCUCUUCGUGGACGUGGGACGAGGACGUCGCAGCUUCGUUCGGAGACCGCACCUUGCGACUGCACUUGUCGGACAUCAGGCCCGGAACACCCUGCGUCUGGUUCGGGCUCGGCAACGCGGCAUCCCAAGUAGUAGGAGAACGGGAGGUGUUGCUGCCGCCCGGCAAUUUCAGACUUCACAAGAAACAGGGACGCAUCUAUGACGUCGACUUCGAACCGGAACCCGACUUCAUGCGGACGACUGCAUGA